AUGAAUGUAUUUUUAUACACUCACUUUAUUAAUAAUUGUAUUUGGAAUGAUGAUUUGGAAAGAGCAUUAGCAAUUGUGUUGAAUAUGAAAGGCAAAGAUAUUGAACCAAACUAUGCAAUUUAUAUCCCACUUUUAAAAGCAGCCACUGUUAAGAAAAACAUUCAAGUUGGAAUGACACUUUACCAACUUGUAAAAAAGAGUAAUUUAGCAAGUCCUCAAUUAUCAACGACAAUUAUAUCAUUUGCAUUGAAAUUAAGAAAACCAGAGUUGGUAAUAGAAGAAAUUGAAUUAGUGAAACAACAAAAAUGGAUGACAAUCAUAACAUGGAAUAGUUUAAUUCAAGCAUAUAUUCAAGAGAACAAUAUUAAGAAAGCGAUUGAUGUUAUUCAUGAAAUGAAAGAUAAUGGUAUUUGUCCAGAUUCGGCAACUUUUAACAUUCUCAUAACAGCUUGUGCUAAUACCAAGUUAUUUGCAGAAGGAAAGUUGAUUCACAAAAUUACAACUAACACUUUGAAAGAUAAUUGCUCUGUUGAACUAUUGACAUCCAUUAUUAAUUUUUAUACAAAAUGUGGACAUCCAGAGAUUGCAAUCAACGAAUGUGAAAAGAUGAAAUCAAAGGGAUUAAUGAAUGUUGUUUCUUUUACAUGUCUAGUUGAAGCAUACAUUCAAAUAAAUGAAAUACAAAAAGCCAUCGACACAGUUACUGAAAUGAAACAAUUCAAGGUUACUCCAAACGCUACCACAUUCUCCAUUUUGCUUACCGCAUGCGCUAAGUUGAAAUUAUAUAAGGAGGGAAUAUUGAUUCACAAAAUUGCAAAUAAUACUUUGAGAGAUAAUAGCUCUCUUAAACUUUUGACAUCAAUUAUUAAUUUUUACACAAAAUGUGGACAUCCAGAUAUUGCAAUUAAUGAAUUUCGACAGGCAAUUGAAAUAAUCACAGAAAUGCAAGAUUAUGGUGUUGAACCAAACUCUACCACUUUUAACAUUUUACUCACAGCGUGUGCUGAUUCAAAAUUGUUUGAAGAAGGAAAGGCAAUUCACAAACUUGCAACUGGCACCUUGAAAGAUUACUCUUCUGAACUUUUAGCAUCUAUUGUCAACUUUUACACAAAAUGUGGACAUCCAGAAACAGCCAUUAAGGAAUGUGAACAAUUGAAAUCGAAAGGAUUAAUGAACAAUAUUGUUUGGAAUUGUUUAAUUCAAGCAUAUAUUCAAAAUAAGGAAGUUCGACAGGCAAUUGAAGUAAUCACAGAAAUGCAAGAUUAUGGUAUUGAACCAAACUCUACCACUUUUAACAUUUUACUUAAAGCAUGUGCUGAUUCAAAAUUAUUUGAAGAAGGUAAAUUACUGCAUCAAGCAUCUGGUCAAGUGCUCAAUAAUCCUACAAUAGAGUUGAACAAUAAAAUGCAACAAUUUGGAUUGAACCCUGAUUCUACAACCUAUACUAUUAUACUUAAGGCAUGUACUGAUUUUAAUUUGUUUGAAGAAGGUAAAUUGAUUCAUGAACAAGCAAUAGAAAAUGUUAAAGAUUGCUCUACUGAACUUUUGACAUCAAUUAUUAGUUUUUAUACAAAAUGUGGACAUCCAGAGGUGUCAAUUGGAGAAUGUGAAAAAUUACAAUCGAAGGGAUUAAUGAACAAUGUUGCUGUUUGGAAUUGUUUAAUUCAAGCACAUAUUCAAACUAAGGAAGUUCCAAAAUCAAUUAAAAUAAUCACAGAAAUGCAAGAUUGUGGUGUUGAACCAAACUCUACCACUUUUAACAUUUUACUCACAGCGUGUGCUGAUUCAAAAUUGUUUGAAGAAGGAAAGGCAAUUCACAAACUUGCAACUGGCACCUUGAAAGAUCACUCUUCUGAACUUUUAGCAUCUAUUGUCAACUUUUACACAAAAUGUGGACAUCCAGAGGUUUCAAUUGAGGAAUGUGAACAAUUGAAAUCAAAGGGAUUAAUGAACGAUGUUGCUAUUUGGAAUUGUUUAAUUCAAGCACAUAUUCAAAGUACAACAAAUACCCAAAACCCAUCUACAAUAGAAUAUGGACUGAACAAAGCAAUGGUGGUUUUUAAUGAGAUGAAGGAACAUAUUGAACCAGAUAAGAUAACCUACCUCAUAUUGUUGGCUGGAUGUGGAGAAUAUUUUGCUAGAAAGAUGGGACUGGAUAUUAUUGAUGAACUCAAACUAAAAGGAAUGGAUGUUCAUGAGGAGAUAGUCAGUGUUAUGAUCUACUUUUAUUCAAGAAUUGCUUAUCAAUCAACUGCACAACAACUAUUUGAAAAGCUUGUCGAAGAAUCAGCCCAAAAACGUCUAUCCAUCAUAACAUAUAAUAACAUGUUGUCAUGUUACGCUCAACAUGGAAAAGGAACACAAGCCAUGAAUUUAUUUAAUGAAAUGGUUGCUAAGAACGUUGAAAUGAACGAGAACACAUUCACAAUCAUGCUGAACACAUUUUCACAUUGUGGAAUGAUUGAUGAGGCGAAUCAACUUUAUGGAGAAAUGAAGACAAAAUACAACCAUAAUCCAUCAGUAAUUGUAGACUGUGUAAUGGUUGAUGUCUUUGCCCGUUCAGGAAGAUUUCAUGAGGCAGAAAAAAUAAUUAACGAAAGAAUGAAUUAUUCUUUGUGGAGUGCUUUAAUGGCAGGAUGUAGAAAGUUCAAUAAUGUUGAAAAAGCUGACAAUAUAAGACAAUUAAUGAUUGAAAAUGGAAUUAAAAAGAUACCAGGAAUUGUGUAUCAGGAAGAGGAUGGUAAAUCAUACCAAUUUGUUUCUGGAUCAAAAAAAUAUGAAAGAUUUAAGGAAAUUGAGAAAAUGAGAGAGGAGAUUUACAGAAAAAUAAUCCAAGCUGGUUUUGAGCCAGAUACUAGAUGGGUAACUAACUCAAAAUUAUUAACUGAAGAAGAAAAAUUAGAUUCACUUUGUAGACAUGCUGAGAAGACAGCAACAGCUCAUGCAUUUGUUUUGAAUCCAAAGAGAAAAUCAAUUAUUUUAGCGGCAAAUCUUCGUGUUUGCAAUGAUUGUCAUACUGCCACAGAAUUCAUUUCAAAAGUGAUGGAUGUUGAAAUAAUUAUUAGAGAUGCAAAUAGAUAUCACCAUUUUAAAGAUGGUAAAUGUAGUUGUGACGGAUAUUGGUAA